AUGGAGACGCCAUUAUCGAAUAAUGUUCCAAUUGAGUCAAAAGAUGAGGAUACCAGCAUGCGGGAUUCACCGGCGGCUGUUAUUGUAGAGCCUGGUCCGAUUGUCAAUGCCGACACUGAGAAUGGAUGCGCUCCAAGCUCGAUACCACGGCCUUCGUAUACGCUACAGUUUCCAUCCGCGUCGUGGAUCCUUGAUCUUAUUAAGAAUGAUGAAGAGCCAUCAAGCUCAAAUCCCUCGAAUAAAUCAGAGGCGGUUCUACAAACAGAAGAUGAAAGGAAGGAUGUCCCGAAUGGGCCUAAUGGCUCAAGCAUACGCGACACGCUCACAAUGCCCAUAUCGCCAACUCACCUGCCAUUGGGCAGCGCAGCGAAUAUCAUUGCGGCAAAUCAGCUUAUUGGAAUGAAGAGGAAGCGAGAGGAUAAUGAAGAGGCGGAUGAUUUCACUCAAAACACAAUGUCACUUCCCAUACCUGCUCCAACACCAGCGGUAACGCUAUCGGUAACGGAGAUACCGGGUGCUGUGCGAUCAGACAUUGAGGCAAAGUGCUCCAAAUGUGAUGAAAGUUCGUUGGGAUCAGACAAUCCGUUCAUUCCCUGCAGCAGUUGUUCCAGGCUGUGGCACCAAGGGUGUGCAUCGUUAUUAGUGGAAACGGAGGAUAUGCAGCAGGCUUCAAGAUUCAUGUGCCCUUCAUGCUUGAGCAUGAGUGACAACGAUGUGGCGAAUCAUCGCACGGGAUAUUCUCAACAGCAAAAUGAAAUAGAGAGACGGCGAGCAAAGAAUUUGGCGGCUCUCCCAGAUGACGUCGUUCCACCCAAAGAAGAACUCGUUGGAUUUUGGGCAGGGCACGCAUCAGACGCGGCAUUAACGGAAUAUUUCUAUGGGAAGACAAAAACAGAGGUGUUGAAUAUUCUAUCAUUCUGCGAUCAGCUAAAGCCACAGUUGCUGGUCGACAUCAUGGUCUCUGUCGCAAAGAAGCAUCCCGAUCUACCCAUGUUUGACUCUCCAAGUUGGAAUGCCAAAGCGAUGAGCGCCAUUUCAGCCAGGUCAAAGCAUUCACAUCAGAGCUCUCGAUCCGGUACACGGAUGCGGCAUGGUCACACUGUGCUGGAACCCAGGGUGAAGCACAAACACAAGGCUUCUAAAAAGACAAUCAAGAUAGCAUCAAUCCCUAAGGAGGAGGAAUCGCCGUUGACGGAUUAUCGAGAUUCUCUUCCGCCCAUGUGGCCAAAGGCUGGUGAAGGCCUGUACGCAAAACUUUCUCCAGAGGAUGAAGACCGGGCGUUUUUGUUGGAUGAGAAUGACGAAGAGGCGUUUAGUCAUUUUGGGGUGGAUAAAUUUGGCAAGCAAAUUGCGAUUCCUGAUUGCUUCACUCAUAAGCACCAUCUUGACAUUGAUCCAAUUCCUCUUUUCCCCCGUCAACCAACACCGCGCUCUUUUAUGCAAAAUAUCCAUAUCGCUCCCGCUCCAAAAGCAGGACUCUAUCUACAAACAUGCUUCUUCUGAAAGGAACCCAACUGUCAACUCCUCCACUCAACACAACUUGCGGUUGGUAAUUUAGCAAGUGUACUUGUACUCGGAGAUGAGAGGAGUGUUGAGCUUGAGGCUAGCGCACAGCAUGUCCUUGACGACAAGGUGGGUGACGGCCUUGAUGGAGCUAAUGGAGAGGAUAACAUCAGGGAGGAUGGUGACGCCGACAAGGCCAGAAAUGCGGCCACCGAGAGCACCGACGACGUCAAUGUAGUUGUGGCAGCCCUUGGUGCUGAAGGAGACGCAGUCGAACUGGCAGGUUCCGAAGCCGAGCAGGCAGGCGGCGGACUGGAGCUGGGCGAAGACACCAGUGGUCAGGGAAACCUCGACAUCGGCGGCGACAGCAGCGAGGCCGAAGGCGUUGGUGUUGAAGAUGACGACGGCUUCGGCCAGAGUCUCGAUGAAGAGCGAGGCGAGGGCGGCCGAGGUGCUGCGGAGGGUGGCGCUGAUCUUGGAGGUCAGGGAGAUGUCGAGCUCAACAUCGAGGUUGAUGCCCAGGCCCAGUGCGGAGAUCUCAGCUUCGAUCUCGGCCUCGGCGCAGAAGGUGAAGGUCUCGAUGGUAGCCUGGCACCAGGCGUGUGUGGCAUCGUACUUUGUGAACUUGGUGGGCGAGAUGGCGCAGAAGGCAGUGAGGGCGACGGUCGAGCCCGAGGCAUCGCACUUGGGCAGCGGCCAGGCGCCGACGAGGGCCGAGCCGGAGCACGACUUCUGAGUGGUGUCGUACUUUUGGCCGGGCAGGCACGAGCAGGCCUUUGUCCAGGGGCUGUAGGCCAUGGGGGCAGGGCACUUGAAGCCGGCGGCGAGGCUGAGGGCAUUGUCAAUGUCCGUGGCGGCCUCGGCGAGGAUCUUGUUGCCGAGCUGGACGUUGGAUGUGUGGGCCGAGCAGGCUGGGCUGGUGACGGAGGCGGCCAUGGCGACGGAGGCCAGAGAGGCGACGGUUGCAAGGAAAUGCAUUGUGAAUGUUAUUGUAGUGAUGAUUCAAGCUGAAAGGAUUGACUUGGGGUUGUCGAAAGGGAUGACUGAAGCUGAAGGCUUUUGUGGGAGUUGUGGGAUCUGAGAGAG